AUGGUUUCUUUUUAUCAGGAUCUGAAGCUGGAACCCCUGGAGGAAGAGGUUUUAGAAGGAAACACAAGCUCUGUAAGAGAACGAACCUGUAUAUUUGUUUAGAAUGGCAAAAAAAAAAAAAAAAAUAUAAAAAAAAAGGAAAUUUGUUAAACUGGACAAAACUUCUCGAGUAGGCAAAUUUUAUAUCAAGCUAUAUCCAAUAAUGUCCUGACACAAAUUACAAUGUUAUCUCUAUAGUGUAUGAAGUAUUUAUUAUUUUGCUUAUGUAUAUUGUUUUUUUAAAUAAAUCUCUGAAGAAUGCUGAUGUAUGUAAAAGUAACUAAAGCUUUUUACUAAUUAUAGUAUAGAGUUCUAAUAUUCUAGUAUUUUUCUAUUUCACAAAAUAACCAACUAACUGAUCUUCCAAGAAAAGGCACCCUUGGUCAGAUAAUUUAUUACAUGCCAGUAGGUUUUGUGAAAUGUGACAAUAUCACUCUAUAAUAUAAGUUACCAUGAAUUCAUAAUGAAUGAAUACUUCUUAUUCUUGUAUAAAUGUCUCUUAGUUAGUGUCUCUCAUAUACAUGUGUUCAAAUGCAAAAAGAAGGAAGCAUUUAAUCAAAACAUUAUAUGUUUCGCUGCUGUGCCCUUCGGGUGAUAUGAAAAGCCAAGAGGAUAAAUGGGAAGAGUAAGCCCUAGAGAAAAAAUAGCAAUACAAAGAUUUGCAUGACCUUUCCAAAUCUUCCGUUUUUGCCAUAUUGCUGUGCUUCACCUUUGAUGUGUUGUCCUCAAAAUUUCAAAAUGCACUGAGCACUAAAUGUCACCACAUUUAAUGCGACACGGAAUCUCUUAUAGAGUUUUACAUAAAACAUCAGUAUCAAAACAGAACCUCUUAUGCCGGAAAAAUAUCCAUGUGUUCAUAUUCAAGAACAUAUACUAUAUAUUUUGAAAAAAGUAUUAUAUAUAAUAAUGAUUCUAUCGAAAAAUAGUCUCCUAAAUAUAUAUAUAUAUAUUAUAAGAUUAUAAGAGUAUGCUAGCUAGAGAAAAUUAAAUUAGAAGAAAAAUAGUAGAUGUAACAGCACUUACAGGUGAUAAAUAAUGAAUGAUGAUAAGAAAAAAUCAAUCAUGUAAUAUUUCUUUAUAAUAUUGUGUUACAUUAAAGAUUUUUUUUUUCUAGGACAAGAGAGUAUCAGGAUCUUAAUGAAGAUAGAUUAAGGGUCUGCUGUAACUUUUAUAAAAAAGUGCUAAAAUGUAACGAUUAUGUCUCUGCAGUAGGGGAUCACGAUAAUAUAGACUGGGUUUUAGUGUGAAUUAUCUGGAAUUCAAAGUAAAUUUACAGUAAAUGUCAAAUUUUAGUCUAGUAGUGACUGACUGAUAACAUAGUUAACUUGGAGAGUUUUCUAAACUUUGUAAAUAAAAUGUGAUAUUCACUUUGAACUUCUGACACUUUAAUGGCUAACCCAGUUACUUUUCUGGAAUAAAAGAGAUUUUCCCUAGAACAGAAAAAUAUAAGACGCUUUAACUCUUUAAACCAUAAGGAUAAUGAAUUUUCAUCUCUUUGGAAGAGAAAAGCACUGGAAUAUCAAGCCACAUGAAUGAAACAGAUGAAUUAAUUCAUGAAGUGUAGGAUUAUGCAGUCUGUCAUUAGGACAUGUAUUACUGGGCAAGCGAAGACAAGCUAUGGCUACCGUGAAUAUUGGAUUAAUCAGGUGUUCCGCACACACUGUCUGGGGCUGUCCUAUAAAAAAACCUUUUAGAAAAAAAAAAACUUAAAUGGGAACUGUACACAAAAGUGACUUCAUUAAGCUAUAAUUGGUUUGGUGACAAUAGUGUCCCUUUAAGUUUUUUAGUUUAAAAGAGACUGGCUGUCAAUAUUUUAAAAACUUUGAACUUUCACUAUAUUUUAGCACACUUAAAUAUGUGUUUUAAAUGAGAGAUCGAAAUCAUGAAAACAUAAAGAUUCCAUUCAGUUAAUAAGCAUUCCCAGAAGCUGUUCUAAAAAUAUCCAAUUCAAAGACUCAUCCUCUAUUUGCAUAUAGGUGUUCAGGGAAUGACUCUGGAAAUGUUCCAUCUUUCUAAUUAGCUAUUCAGGUCUUAUUUCUGUUUGACUUAGUAUGAACAUACUUGCUAAAAGCCUUGUAAUGGGAACAUUUGAGUCUUUCUCAACAGCUAUUAAGAUUUGUACAAAAAGAUCAAAAGUAGACUAAUUUAAUGGUAACUGAAAAUGACUAUGGAAGGAUAAUUUAAUGGGUUACUCCAACCCUUUUUAACUAUUUUUUUUUUUUUAAUAAAUAAUGCCCCAUUGGGCAUUGUUCUGUAUCCCCCCACCACCACCAUCCAAUGUUUGAAAAAUACAUUUUAACUUAUUUUUACUUACCUUGAAUCCAGCACCAGACAAACCUGCUGGUGCUGCUUAGAAUGCCUGUCUGCCAUUAUCAGAGCCGUUAAAAGCUCACUCUGAGCUGGCAAGGGGAGGGGGACAGAAAGUAGGUAGGAGAGAGCUUUAAAAAAAAUUUAACGGGGGGAUGUAGUCAGUGAGGUAGGGAUAGAGGGCAGAUACAAGCUUCCCCUUGCAGGCUCUGCCGUCAAGGGAAUUAACAGAGAAUGUUUAUUGGCAACGUGCAGUGCAUGCUGACAACAGAUGUAAUAUAUAUGCACAGAAUUGAUAUUAGGCAGACCAGGAUGCCAAAGUAUUGUUUGCUGGGGUUGUAACUAUCCCCCGGCACAAAAGUACAAAUAACUCUGGAUGUGCAGUGUUACUUUCAAGCUGAAACACUGCCCUUACAUAUUCCUUCCUCCAUGACUACGUCUACAGACGUGCUCAUGGACGUUGGAAUAACCCUUUAACAUAUAUUUGCUAUUAGAUUUCAAUAUACCUCUCAUGGAUAUCUGUACCUUUGUGAUAUUCAGGAUAUACCUCUAACUUUCAUGUCUGCUAAUUUCUGCAAAAAUGUUAAGUAUGUUAAAAAAAAUUGAAAGGAACAUUCCUACGGCACACUGUAGUGGAUGUGAUGCCAGGACGGCCCCCUGCUAAUGGUUGACUGGUCUGCUGGGCACUGAUCACUGCUUCUCUGACAGCCAAAAGCGUUAGGCUCUGGGUUAAUCUCUGCAGUGCAGGGCUUAGCUCAUUGGCUGAGAGCAGUAAGCUAGAACUCUCAGUCAAUGAGCAGGCAGUGCACAGCAGGGUUUAGCUCAGUAGAGCUAAUGGAAGCACCUUGCAGAGGCAUCUAGCUCUCCACAGUGACAUCGCACAGCAGAAUCCAAUUAAAAUGUAUGCAAUAAACAAACAGGGUUAUUCAAUAAUAAGUAAUAGUAAUAAGUCAAACAGUUAAAUGGUUUAACUACUUAAAUGGGAAAGGAGCACCAUGGAACCAUUGACACCAUAGCCACUGACGUGUAAUGUUAAGGUACUUUGAGUGUUCCUUUAAUCUUUUUUUUUCCAGAUUCAUUGAUAUCUAGCAAAUAUUUUCCUGCCAUCAAUAGAUUUUCAGGGUUAUUCACUAAAAGUGAGAAUUAAAGGUGAAUUCAAAGUGAGUUUAAAGGGACUCUCCAGUUCCAGGAAAACAAUCUGUUUUCCUGGCACUGCAGGUCCCCUCUCCCUCCCACCUCAUCACGUCAGCCGGCGGAGGAGACUGAUCACGCCCGCCGGCUGGGGAGACCUAAUGCGCAUGCUUGGCAAUGCCGCGCACGCGCAUUAGACCUCUCCAUAGGAAAGCAUUGAAAAUGCUUUUCAAUGCUUUCCUAUGGGGAUUUUAGCGACGCUGGAGGUCCUCACAUAGUGUGAGGACGUCCAGCGGCGCUCUAGCACAGAAAACCUGUGCUAGAAUCCCGGAAGUGCUCUCUAGUGACUAUCUAGUAGACAGCCACUAGAGCAGGAGUUAACCCUGCAAUGUAAUUAUUGCAGUUUAUGAAAACUGCAAUAAUUACACUUGCAGGGUUAAGGGUAGUGGGAGGUGGCACCCAGACCACUCCAAUGGGCAGAAGUGGUCUGGGUGCCUGGAGUGUCCCUUUAAACUAUAAGGCCUGAUUUGUUGAACUGAAAGCAGUUUGACCUUUAAAUUUGAAAUUCAGUUUGAAUAAACCUUAACCCCUUAAGGACCAAACUUCUGGAAUAAAAGGGAAUCAUGACAUGUCACGGGUCCUUAAGGGAUUAAAUUCCCACUUUAGAAAAUAACCAUGUUUGUUUAUUGUAUAUAUUUAAAUUGAAAUGCCAAAAAUGUUUAUUACCCUCUAAACAAAAAUUUUAUUAGAAAGAAAGUGCAAUGGAUUUGAUACUUUUUGCUCAGAAACCUCUAAAACUUUUUCAAUCGGUGUAAUAGGUUUGCAGGAUCUAUAGUAACUCUGCUUUCUUAUGAUUUUUGAAGAUGCUGUGGAGUCUUCUGUUUAUUGACAUGUAACUAUGUUAGGUGGCUCGAAUUGACUUGGUGAUGUGUGCAAACAAUGUUAAGUAACAAUUCUUUAUUAAUCAGUUUUAUCAAUUAAUACCUGAAAAAUCAAUUCAAACACCUUAAAGGGAUCCCAUAGUGCCAGGAAAACAAACCCGUUUUACUAGCACUAUUGUUUCUAAGGUCCCCCUCCCCCCCCACUCCUCCACUUUAGCACCCCUACACCCUCUUUCACACCCCUCCUCCCAAAGCACUGAAGGGGUUAAAACCCCUUCAGUCACUUACCUGAAUCCAGCGCCGAUGUCCCCUAGGCACUGGGUCAGCCUCUGCCCAUGCUCCUCCCCCACCGGUCAGCCGGCGGGGGAGACCUAAUGCGCAUGUGCGGCAAUGGCCGCACUCGCAUUAGGAUUUUCCAAUAGGAAAGCAUUAAUCAUUGCUUUCCUAUGGAGAAAAAUCUGAUACUGGAGGUCCUCAUGCAGAGCAUGAGGACGUCCAGCGUCAGAUAACUGACCAAAGGUCCGUUUGGAUUCUGGUAGACAGCCACUGUGGCUUUCUGGCAGACAGCCGCUGUGGCUUUCUGGUAGGCAGCAGUUCUCUGGAACUAAGGGCAAAAGGGUCACAGCACCCAGACCACUUCAAUGAGCUGAAGUGGUCUGGGUGCCUACAGUGUCCCUUUAAUAAACCGCGCAUGCAAACGCAGUAAAUUCCAUAUGAGUAUAAUGCUUACGAUGUAUGAAUGAUUAAAGUGAUAAAUGAUAUUAGUUGAUCUAAUUUGCAGCAACUCCUAUCACAGACAUAAUAUCCCUACAGUGUGUUCAACCCCAAACUGAAAACCCAGAACAAAUGGUUCAGAUUGUACAAAUGCCCAAGAGCUUCUUGCAUCAAAUAUACAUCAACACAAAGGACGCAAAUGAUCCAUGGAUCUUUUUUCUCUGCCUUUAAAGUCUGUUCUAAUAAACUAUGCAUGCGUUAAUAGGUCUUUCUUUCUCUGACUGUCAGUUUAUGUCAAUCUCUUUGAAUCCCCUAGCACAUAGUGAUUGUUCAGCGCCAAUUAUCUGUUCUAAUAGAGGAACUAGAUGAGUUCCGGCUCGCUCUGAAACACUAUGUGGAAUCAGCAUCGGCUCAGACUGGAUGUUUACAGUGAGUAUUUCAAACAAUUCUUUAUCACUUGUUGCUUAGUUUCAUUUUAAAACUUGUGAAUUGAUCUGGCCGAGACCUACUGAUUUUAAACCAGCUCCAUAAAUUGUCAUUUUACAAGGAAAUACAAAAUAAAUAGGAUUCCAGAAAUAUUGAACACAUCUUUUUUAUCAACUGUGGUCUAUUCACGAACAAUAAAGACAAUAUUUUUUAGAAUAUUACAAUACAUUGCUUAGACAGACAGACAGUUACAAACCUAUCUACAAACUUAAUACCAGUUUAAAUGUAAAUUCCCAGAUUUUACUAGUAACAUGACGUAAAGUCAUGAUUUUAUUAAAGACAAGGAGGCGAGUAUUAUGCAUAACUCUUUCUUUAUUUCCUCAGCAGCAAAGAAAGAGGAAUAUAAAUAUUAUCAAAAAUGAAAGAAAAAACUGUAUAGGCACAACAGGCAGCCAAUCACAGAAUAUAGGAAGUAGCUAUAUAAGUCCUGUGUCUCCCACAAUCCCCCUCUUUCUUGCGAAACCGAAAACCAGGUAAGAUGAACGGUGUCCCACUUGAUCAAAACAGGAUAACGGGAACAAAGCGAUAACUUUAAGCUAUAAAAGACAGAGAAAUAUGGUAAUUUCUUAACUCAAAACUGCAAACUUACCAAACAUAACCGUGGGGAGUCACAGGCAAAAACUGAAUUCUGAAAUAUAAAAUAUAUAAUAAUUAGUAAUCAGCACAAAACGUACAAAACCAUACAAAAAUGAUAUAAAUACAGACCUAAUUGAAACAUACCUGUAGAGCCACAAAGCAUCUCCUAUCCCAAAUCCACACCGGGAUGGUGGGAGGGAAUAAUACUCGCCUCCGUGUCUUUAAUAAAAUCAUGACUUUACGUCAUGUUACUAGUAAAAUCUGGGAAUUUUAUUAAAGACACGGAGGCUCAUAUUAUGCAAGUUGAAAACUGUGCUACCACUCGAGAUGCGAUGUGUAGAAUUGGUCUGAAGUAGAAGUCUCGAAAGGUCGAUUCUCGAGACCAAUCCGCCGCUCGCAUAAUGUCCUCCAGACGACAUCCGACUGAAGAUGCUUUCGAGGCCAUCGCGCCUCGCACAGAAUGAGGCGUAAAUACAGAGGUGUCUACACCCGCAGAGGAUAACAGCCAACGCACCCAACGUGCCAGAGUAGGAGUCGAAACUGGCCGGUGAGGUGAUUUAAAAGAUAUGAACAGAUCAUGCAGAUCUGCUGAGCGAAGGGAACGUGUAACAUCCAGGUAACCUUUGAUGCAAUCCACCGGGCAGAGCGCCGGACAACCUGAAAACCUAGGGUAUGUAAACGACUUGGAUGCAGACUUAGUCCUCCUGGAUAUGUCAAAAGUAACGCCUUCUGGGGUGAAUGCAACGGCGUCCCAAUCCAGGGCCCUAACGUCGGAGACCCUCUUGCAAGAAAUCAAACAGAGUAACAUCACCAACUUGGAUGACAAUUGCUUGAGAGUCAGUUCCAGGUUAGGGUACCACGAUGAUAGGAACUGUAACAUCACGUUGACAUGCCAAAAGGCAGAAAAACGAGGUCGAGGAGGACGAGCAAGGCGAAUACCCUUGAGAAGGCGACAUACAAAGGGAUGUCUGCCGACAGGAGAACCAUCCAAACCUUUGUGACCGGCCGAAAUAGCUGAGCGGGAAAGGUUGAUUGUGCGGUACGCCUUGCCCGAAUCAAACAGGAACGUGAGGAACUCCAGAAUCAAAUGUAGAGGGGCAGAUACGGGAUCCAUUGCCCGUUCCAUGCACCAACCAGACCACGAUCUCCAUGAAGUUCGAUAAGCUGCUCGUGUACCCGGGGCCCAGGCAUUAUCGAGGAGCAGGAGAGUUGACUGCGGAACGUCUGGGACAACCCAAGGUCCCCUGAAAGGAACCAUGCUAUCAGGGGUAACUGAUGUCGCAACACCAGUUCGUGUGAGUUCCCAUCCGGAUCCAAAAGGAGAUCCUGGAAUAUCGGAACCAAGCGAGGGUAGUCAAUGGACAAUUCCAUCAGGCGAGGGAACCAUGGUCGAGACCUCCAUAGAGGGGUGACUAACGUCAUCCGACAAUCGUGGCGAACCAAUUUCGAGAUCGUGCGUGCGAUCAUGUUGAAUGGGGGAAAGGCGUAUAUAAGACCCGGUGGCCAUUCUUAGAGAAAGGCAUCCAUCGCCACUGCUGCCGGGUCCGGCCUCCAACUGUAGAACCUCGGUAGCUGAGUGUUCAGCCGUGAUGCGAAUAGGUCCACCUGGAAUCGUCCCCACAACUUGUCUAGGCUCUGGAACACCGAAGUGUGCAGACGCCAAUCUCCAGAGUCUCUUAAGUGUCUGGAAUUCCAAUCCGCCCCCGAAUUGUCCAGACCUGGGAUGUGUUCCGCCGUCACUGAGACGUUGUUGUAGAGGCAGAACUGCCAGAAAUCUUUCGCCAGAACCACCAACAUUUUGGACUUUGUACCCCCUAGGUGAUUUAUGUAACGAACUGCCGAUACGUUGUCCAUCUUGAGGAGAACGCAGCAAUUCGCCCUCCCUGGGGUAAGACUGCGGAUCGCGAAGGCACCUGCCAGGAGUUCCAAGCAGUUGAUGUGCAACGACUUCUCUGUGUUGGACCAUCUGCCUCCCGUGGAAACGUCGCCACAACGAGCGCCCCAGCCGUGUAAGCUGGCAUCGGACUCUAUCACCACAUCCGGGACGGAACCGAAAAUGGCUCUUCCGUUCCAUGCCUCCAUGUGUGCCAACCACCACAACAACUCGUCUCUGGACUCCGCGUCCAAAAUUAUCCGAGAUUCGUAAGAAUGACCUGAGCGAAGGUGUGAUCCUUUGAGCCGUUGGAGCGCCCGGUAGUGCAGCGGGCCUGGGAAUGUCGCUUGAACAGAGGCCGCGAGAAGGCCAAUAAUCCUCGCCAGUUGUCUGACUGAAAAGUCCGGGACACGAAGGGCCCUUCGAAUUUCCUUCUGGAUGGCUUUCACCUUGGAAUCUGGAAGGAAUAGAAACUGUCGGACGGAAUCCACCUGGAAGCCCAGAAACUCUAUGGACUGGGCAGGGAUCAGGACCGACUUGUCCCAAUUGAUCAGAAAUCCUAACUUCUGCAGAAGGCCGGUCGUCCAUUCCAGGUGUAUGAGGAGAUCCCCUCGUGAUUGGGAUAAAAUCAGAAUGUCGUCCAGGUAAAUAAUGAGGCGAACCCCCCGGGUUCGGAGGAAUGCUACCACGGGCUUCAUGAGCUUGGUGUAGCACCAAGGAGCCGAGGAGAGACUGAAAGGCAGGCAGGUGAAGCGCCAACGACGCCCGUGCCAUGUGAAGUGGAGAUAAUCCCUGAACUCCAAAGCAAUGGGGACCGUGAAGUAAGCGUCCUUCAGGUCCAACUUGGCCAGCCAGUCUGACUGGCGUAGAAGGUCUCUGAGGCAGUGUAUACUUUCCAUCUGGAAGUGUUGGUAACGUAGAAAGGCGUUGAGGGGGCGAAGAUUUAUCACAGGGUGAACCCCGCCCCCUUUCUUUGGCACCAGGAACAAAUUGCUCGUAAAGCCUCGGGUGGUGAACGGCAAUUCCUCUAUAGCGCCCUUGGACAACAUCUCCACGACCUCCGCGGAAAUCAUCUCGUCCUGCUCCGGUGCGAGAGACAGCUCUCUGGGGGGAUAAAACUGGACAGGCAAUGCUCAGAUCUCGCGAGAGUGAACUCUAGCCCCACAGGCUGGAGUUUACUCUCACCACUAGGACCACCAAGGAAGGCAGAAAUGAUCCCCCCUCCCUGGCAUAAGGUAACAAGGGAGGGGGGAUAUUAAUCAAUCUGCCCCCACCUCCACUGGACCACCAGGGAAGGCAGCAGCACGGUCCCCCCUCCCUACAUAAGGUAAGAAGGGAGGGGGGAUCUUUAUUAACUAAUCUGCCCCCACCUCCACCCCCACAAAUCACCCAAACAUACAGCACACACACACACAUACAUCACACAAACAGCACACACACACACAUACAGCACACAAACAGCACACACAGCACCCACACACAUACAACACACACACAGCACCCACACACACACAGCAAACAAACAUCACCCACAUACACACAGCAUCCUCACACAAACAGGACACACAUCACCCACACAGCACCCACACACAGCACACACACAGCACACACAAACAUACAGCACCCUCACAAACACACACAGCACACAAACAGCACCCUCACACACACACAGCACACAAACAGCACCCUCACACACACACACACAGCACACUAACAGUACCCUCACAAACACAAACAGCACCCUCACACAGCACACUAACAGGACCCUAAUAAACACACACACAGCACACUACCAGUACCCUCACACACGAACAGCACCCUCACACACAGUACAUUAACAGCACCCUCACAAGCGCACACACACACAAACACCAUCACCCACAUAGCACACUACCAGCACCCUCACACAGCACACACACACACAGUAGUGUAUGUGUGUGUGUGUAUAUAUAUAUAUAUUUAUAUAUACACACACAUACAUACAUACAUAUAUAUACGCGGCGUGUGCUUUUCUUUAGGGUGCACACCCUAAUGCAAUAGGCUGCGCACGCCUAUGCAUACAUACAUAUAUACAUACAUACAUAAUGACAGGGGUCCUCAAACUUUUUAAACAGGGGGCCAGUUCACUGUCCCUCAGACACUGUUGGGGGCCGGACAAUAAACAAUAUGAACAAAUUCCUAUGCACACUGCACACACAUGCAUAAGGACAUAAAUACACACACACACAUACAGUUGCAAGAAAAAGUAUGUAAACCCUUUGGAAUGAUAUGGAUUUCUGCACAAAUUGGUUAUAAAAUGUGAUAUGAUCAUCAUCUAAGUCACAACAACUAAGUCACAAUAGACAAUCACAGUCUGCUUAAACUAAUAACACACAAAGAAUGAAAUGUUGCCAUGUGUUUAUUGAACACACCAUGUAAACAUUCACAGUGCAGGUGGAAAAAGUAUGUGCACCCUUGGAUUUAAUAACUGGUUGAACCUCCUUUGGCAGCAAUAACUUCAACCAAACGUUUCCUGUAGUUGCAGAUCAGACGUGCACAACGGUCAGGAGUAAUUCUUGACCAUUCCUCUUUACAGAACUGUUUCAGUUCAGCAAUAUUCUUGGGAUGUCUGGUGUGAAUCACUUUCAAUAAAAACAUGGCAACAUUUCAUUCUUUGUGUGUUAUUAGUUUAAGCAGACUGUGAUUGUCUAUUGUUGUGACUUAGAUGAUGAUCAGAUCACAUUUUAUGACCAAUUUGUGCAGAAAUCCAUAUCAUUCCAAAGGGUUCACAUACUUUUUCUUGCAACUGUACUGAAACACAUACAGACAGACACAGACAUAUACAUACAUAUUGAAAUACAUACAGAUACAUACACACAGACAGACAUACAUACAUACAUACUAACAUACACAAAUACAGCUAAUUUUGCUUACCUUUUUUUUUUUGCAGGUGGAAGGCUGUGGCUGAUGGGAGUCGGUGUGGCUCCCGCGGCCUGGCUUUCUUCCCUCCCGCGCGGUGCGGAGAGGAGGGAGCAAGUGACGGGCAUUUCCUCCUAGCAGUACUAUGCGGCUGCGAUUUUUUUUAAAGGGGCCUGGUCGCGCUAUUGCACGGCCGCAGCGCUGACCGGGCCCCUGAAGCUAUAGGGCCCAUCGGGUGGCCCUAAGUGUGUGGGUCACUUGAUAGGCCCCAUUGGAUGUAACUGUGGCAAGCUAAUGGUCUGUACUUGAUGGCCAUCUAUGAAACUUAGGAGCUCAGAUCUUCACAACUCUUACUGAGAAUCAUAUUGACAGCCCAUUACAAGUUCUACAGUAAGGGAAUACGCUCAGAUUGCCGAUUGCUAUGUGCCAAUACCAACCUGCAAUGACUGGGUUUAGAAGAUCUUAUGAUGCUCCAAUAGGCUUAUGGAGCUACAGAGAAUGUCCAGGCCUAACAUCAGUGAUAGCGUUUAAUGGGUGCAGCAAAUCUCAUAUAUAAAACAUAGUCUAAAUAAAAUGUAGGCCAUUCUAGGUUUCAACGCAUUUAUAAAACGAGUUUGUUUAGACUAAUUAGUUGGUCUGAAUUACUCCUUUUAAAAAGAAAACAAGCAAGAAAACAAAGAGAAAUGUAUAAGUAUCUUGCCUAAAAUUAAAAUGUAAAAGCAUGUCUUUUCUGUCUGGAAUUCAAAAUAUUUUCUCUUGAAUACAAUAAAUGCAUAUUAUUUAAUAAGUCUAUAAUUGUGGGGACGAGAUAAUUAAUUUUAGCAAAUGGGUGAAGCUGUGAAGUCUAUCCAAAUCAAGUUAAUUUCCUGUAUUGGCUACAUUGACCUAUUAUUUGAUGUAUAAUCCCGAAAUUUCUCGGCAAUACCCUGUUUGGCAAAUAAACCCCAAAAUGUCAAUAUCGUAAAAUAAAAACAAGCAGUAGAUGUGAGAUAAUCAUAUAGCACCAUCUGCUGGUAAUUUAUGGUAUCAUGAAUUUCUUUUGAAAAAAAAUCCAAUAUAAAUUGCCAUUUCAGAAGUAUUGUAUAUUUGACAAGAUACGUAAAUGUUAAUAAUUUCUUGUGGCUUUCUUAAAAAGAAAAAAAAAGAUUCUAAGUGAGCAACACUUGAGCAUAUAUAUUGCUGAUUGUCAGUAAAAAGAAUACAAAAAUAAAAAUGUGAUUUUUAAUUGUUUUGGAAGAUUCGAUUUAUGAUUUCCAGAACAUCAAGUAAAAUGUACUUCCCAAACAUCUUCGGUGCCAACACCUGACACCACUAAUCUUUGUGGAAUAAAAUCUAAAGGCGAUUUAAGACACAUUUAAUCAGUAAUAUAGAUUGUUCAGAUGAGCAAAAUAGUUUUCCUUAAUAUUUCUUCAGACUAUAAGACACAAGAUAAUGCAUUUUGUUUAUAUUAUAUAUUUUUUUUUAUGCAGUGUUGCCAUUCAGAAGCUUUCAAAUGAGUCUCGUUUCAUACUUUAUGAAUUUUGGGAAAGUAGCAACAUCUGGAAAAAGUAAGUACAGUUUUUACAACAUACAUUAUUCGGUAUCACAUUACUUAUAUCUUUUAUGUUCUGUUUGUUGUUUUAAAUUACAUGACAGGUUGAUGUUACCUUUGCUGUUAUUUUCAUAACUUGUGUAUUUUAAAACACUAGAUCAAGUGUUUCAUCUAUUUGCUGAGCACCUUUUACCUGCGCGCUAGGCUAACUACAAUUUGACUUUUCUUUUUCCUUUUCAUAGCCAUCUUCAAAGUAAUUACAGUAAAACCUUUCAAAGAAGUAAUGUCGACUUUCUGGAAACUCCAGAGCUAAUGACAACCAUGCUAGUACCUGGUUAGUAUCUCUAUUAUUUUAUCUUGUAGUACUGUGAUAAAAAAAAAUUUCGUUCAAUGCUUCUGCGCAUGUUUAUUUUUCCAAAUAACUUGCACUCAGAGUAAGAACAUUUUGCGGUUGUUCUCACAUUGUACAACACAAAUGGUCUGCACAGAGACUUGCUCUUCUGAAUAAUUCAUAAUAAUUCACCUACACAUAUCUAGGGCAACUAAUAUAUUCUUUAAAUUUAGGAGAGAACCCACUGUGACUGUCAGUGCUGCUGUUCCCAUCGCAUAUACACAUUCAGCUUUUAUCGAUUCAGCAGUUUCAGAACCGCAUGGCGUCUGCAUUCUAUCCUGCAAUGAAUGUGGCUCUUCCUUUCUCUUUUUUAAAAAAGCAAAACUAUGUCAUUCAAAAUAAUACCCUCUCGAGGUUUUAUUAUGAACUGCAGAAUACUAGAUAAUAAAAUAUUUUGGCCAUUAUGACAAGGAUUUGUUCUUAGUCUAAAUGGUGCAAAAGGUUUCACUUACAUAUAGUAUAGCAUAUAUAGUAUUUGAAUAUUGCCAAGAGACCAGUUUAUCUUUCACAAAAUUGCAAAGGAAGGUUACAGGGAUUAACUGUAUUGUUUAAAUUAAAAUUAGAAAACAAAUCAAAACAUAAAAUACAUCACAGAUAUGCACUCAUUUGAGGCAUAUAUUCAGAGGACACAAAAGAAGUUGACUACUAUUUUCAAAAGCCUGCCUCUAGAUUAAAGGGACACAAAAGGGUCAGGAACACAAACAUGCCUAGCUAACCCUGUAGUGUUAGUGGAAAUACCCGAAUAUUUGUGUAAAUUAUUCAAAAAAUGUGGUCCUAUCGCCAUGUAAUUUACAAUUAUAGAUUAAUGCAGUCUAACUAAACUAUCUAGUUUGUCCUCUGUUUAAACUUUAAACAAUGGUUUCUGAAUGGCAAUUGGAAUUCAUGUUAAUUGUUUUAAAAAGAAACUUCACAAAUUUCGUUUCCACAACUGAAAGGCUGUACACAAGUCACAGUGCACCAUGGUCAUUGACACAAUGAUACAGAGUAGAACGGCAUAAAGUUUACCAUCACUGGAGUGAUAAGUCACGUCAUGUGAAAGUUUACAAACAAUGUUUUCUGACUGAAUAGUAUAAACUGCAAUGUUCAGUAUACACUCAUUGGAAAAUGAAAGUACACCCUCUUCGAAUUCAAUGGUUUUACAUAUCAUGAUAUAACAAUCAUCUGUUCCUUAGCAGGUUUUUAAUGUGGCAUGACCUAUUUAACACAAAUAUUGUUGUGGAUGACUUUUGGCCCACUCUUCUUUAGAACAUUGCUUCAGUUCAUUGAGGUUUGCUGGCAUUUGUUAAUCACAGCUCUCUUAACCCCUUAAGGACACAGCUUCAAAAGUUUGUCUUACCCUUAAGGACACAAGCCAUUUUUGCAUUUUUUGCUCUUUGUGUUCAAACGCAAUUUGCUUCUCUGUCAUUAAUUGCACCAACACAUAUUAUAUACCGUUUUUUAGAGUGCAAACAGGUCUUUAAAAAUGCCAAAAUGUCGCAGUUUUGGCAAUAACAGCAUGUGCAUAAUAUGUCCAGCUUAGAAAAAGUAAUUCAAAAUAAAUUCAUUUAUGUGUCUUGAUUUAUAGAGUACACAAUAUGUAUAGGAUUUCAGCUCAUCUUGAAAGUUACAGGUCACAAAAUACAAGGACUAAAAUAACAUUUCAAUGUGAAACUAUUUUAGAAGUUGGUAUGUUUGUCUUGUAGGUUUAGUAACCAUCGCAGAAAACAAAAUUGCCACACAAAAGUAUAUAUUUAUAUAAAGUAAACAUCACAGGCUAUUUACCUAAGGUUAGUUUGACACUUUUUAUUUAGCCAUUUCAUCGCCAAUCUCUGCAAAAUAUUGGAGUAAAAUUGUGUUUUUGUAAUGUAUAUUUUGUAAAGCUGGUGUGUGCUAUUCCUGCACAGAACCCCAUAUUGUGUUCAGCUACAUCUGCUGAGUAUAGCGAUACCCCCAUUGUAUGCCUUUGGCACUAUUCUGUGAAUCUAAAAUGCCGUAUAAGAGACAAGAGACAACUAUUUCAGUUUUUAUAGUUAGAAUUUUCGUAGAUGGAUUUGACUGGCCUAUGUCUCAUUUUAGGGUAUUAUAGCAGUGUGACUGUUCAAAUAACCACACAAUGGGCUUUUAUUUGAUAAAGCAGACACCCCAGGGUAUCUUAUAUGGUGUAUAUUGUGUCUUAACUUGUCACCAUUUUUUCACAAAUUUAUGUCAAUGUUUGUGGUGAGGGGAAAAAUUGCAUUUUUACAUGUGUUUUUUUUCAAACUUUGAAUUUUUACGCUGUGUCGUUACCCCACUUUGGAGUUUUUUUAGCAGGCUAUAUAUUCCAACUAUCCCAUAAAAGCAUACUAUUUCGUAAAGAAGACAUCCCAGGGUAAUUCAAAAGGCAUAUUUUGAACCUUAGCCUGAAAUAAUUUUUCCGCUAGCUUGUACCAAGUGUAGGGGCAGUAGUGGCAGUAAGCAUUUUUCUGUCUUUUUGACACACACAGUGAGUUUGUACUGUGUAUUUUGCAAACCUUAUGUGUGCUACGGGUCUUUAAUACUUCAUAUGUUGCUCAGCUAUGUAGUCUGAGCACAGCAAUACCCACAUAUGUAGCUUUGCCAAGUAUAUGUGGACGUUGAAGGGGCACAUUUGAGACACAGCCAUUUAAGAUUUUUUUUAAACGUAGAAUUUUUACACUGGGUCCAUACCGCACUUUAGAGUUUUCAUAAAAGGUUAAUUAUUCCAACUACCCCCUAGAGGCAUACCAUUUCUUAAAGGAGACACCCUAGGGUAUUUCAAAAGACAUAUUUUGAACCUUAGCGUGAAAUCAUUUUUCCGUUAGCUUGUACCAAGUGUAGUGGUAAUAAGCAUUUUUUUCGGCUUUUUUUAAAACACACAUAGUGAGAUUGUACUGUAUAUUUUGCAAACCUUAUGUGUGCUACGGCUAUAUAAUACUCCCUAUCUUGCUCAGCUAUGUCGUCUGAGCACAGCAAUACCCCCAUAUGUAUCUUUGCCAGGUAUAUGUGUACAUUGAAGGGGGACAUUUGAGACACAGAACUUUAAAUUUUUACGCUGUGUCCAUACCCCACUUUGGAGGUUUGUUUGUAGGUUAAUUAUUCCAGCUACCAUAAAGGCAUCGGGUUUCACUGCAGCAUGUGUAAUCGCUCUUACUCCCGGUCAGUGAAACUGCCCAUGGUAGUGUGCAUCCGACACGGAGACACACUACAGGAACAUUAACCCCACGAUUGCCGCGAUUGUGGCAAUCUGGGGUUAAUUUUCAUUUUGGACGGAAAUUUUCCGUCCAGCGUCCUUAAGGGGAGUGCUGCAAUGACGGAAAAUUUCCGUCCAGCGUCCUUAAGGGGUUAAAAAGGUGGUCCCACUUGCUGAUGAUCAAUUAAUCAAAUGCAUUUGAUUUGCAGCACCUGUCUGCUCCUUAACCUCCUACUUCCUAUGGAAGCAGUAAGUGUAUACAUAACUGUUCCCACACGUUUUUUUCCAUUUUGGCUUUAUUUUCGAUUAAAUAAAUCACGACACAGUGUAAUAUGUCAUCUGUUGUUUAAGUCUAAGAAAUAGAUGAUUGUUAUUGUGUCCGUAUAAGUAAAAAAAUAGAACCAAAGAGGGUGUACUUUCUUCUUCCUGUUACUGUAGUUGACCUAGAGCUGGUCUACACAGCAUUAGCUAGGUACCUUGGAUAUUGGAAGGGAUAUCUAACACUAUAACGCACAUAAAUAUUCUAGACAAAAAAAGCCUGGUCUCUUUGCCCUACUAAAUCUAAAAAUAUCAGAGUAGUAUAAGGGUUGAGCAGUGAUAUGCCUGAAGGUCGUCCAAGUUCUCCUAGUGUCUCUUUAGACGCAGAGUAUUUGACAUCAACUGUACCUAGAAGUGACUAUUUCAUUUUUUGGAAUUCCUUAACAUAUUCAAGCAAAAUGAACACUACUGCAUUAGAAAAAAACAUAUAUUCCAAAUGCUAUAGUGCCCUGAGACUUAUCUAAGUGUACUCCUCCUCCCCCCUAGUGUGAGGGUUUGAAAGGUGAGUAUUCAUUCAUUACCGCUCAGUCCUCGCGCUGCUCCACUUUUUUGGCUGAGAGAUCAUCAAUGUUGUUGACCGACAGGGAAGCAUUGAGAAACUAGUGAGCCUGCAUGGAAAAAUGCUGCUCCACGCCAAUCAAAUGCUGCUCUAAGAGCAGGAUUUGAUCUAUAACCGAGUUAUAGCAGAGGAAGUGCUUCUAGUGGCGGCCUUCCAGACAGCAACUAAACAGUCUACCUGAUACUCACUUGAGGUGUGUUAACCCUGCAAUGUAAACAUACUCUAUAUUUUUAAUAUUUAUGAAAUCUCGUAACUCCCAACCUGCAAACAUUAAAUUAACCAAAGUGAAAGUGGCUGCAAUAACUAGAAAUAUAACUGUCUCUGUUUAUAUCACACAUUUGGUAAACCCUUAUUUUAAAUAUUUUAAUUUUUUUCAGCUUCGUGGUGGGUACUGAAUAACAACUAAGUGAACUUUCUCCAAACCUUCUGUGGACCGGUGGUAGAAGUUCAAAAUUGUAAAAAAAAAAUACAAUCUGUACUACUAUAUAUAACUACAUGUAAUAUUUGGAUAAACAUUGUAACCUGCAUAGUGCAGUGAGAACAAACGCUGUGACAUGCUGUGUGCAUAAGUAUAAUCAACAACAUGAUCCACCAAACGUGGUACAGUAAUUUGUGUCAUUAAAGUGAGGAGAUGCACUAAAGCAGGCUUCCCCAAACUCUGGCCCUCUAGAUGUUGCUGAACUACAACUCCCAUGAUUCUCAGUCUAUCUAUUUAAUUCAUAGAAUCAUGGGAGUUGUAGUUCAGCAACAUCUGGAGGGCCAGAGUUUGGGGGAGCCUGCACUAAAGUAUAGCUUUCUAUACGAAAAAGAAAAAUCUAGGUUUUCAUUUAUAAGUCAUGAGUUUGUCUGUCUCACUGUAAAUAUCCAUUCCCAUAGUUAGAACUGUCCGAACUCCGCCAGUAUGCUUGAAGAUACAGCACUAAAUGAAAACCUUUACUUUCCAGGAUUUUGUAAUUUUAUGUUACCUUACCAACCCCCCAUACAUAAUAGAUAUGUGUUUGCGAUGUCUGAAAAAUAAAAUUAAACGUAAAAAUUCUCAUAUUCCUAUGUGGAACUGAAUGCGCUCAUCUUUACUUACUUUCAUCCACCAUUAAAAGACUUGCCCUCUGGAUCUGUCAGUGGACGUAGAGAGUGGAAGAAUAAAAUUGUGCCAUGGCUGUUCCUGGAUUGUGAUGCCAAUUGUUAAAACUAUCACAUGAAAAAAGUCAACAUGUGAUAUAAAUGAUUUUCAAUAGUGUAAUUGAAUAAACACUCCCAGCACCAUAUUUAGAUUUGUGUGUCAAUUUAUCUGGGACCCCUGUGUGCCUGCACCACCUUGGCUUCUGAUGCCAAAUGUCUUCACUGAGCUAAGCAGGUCCAAGACAGGACCUCAGUCGGGUUGAAAGCACACACUUGGUAUUCUCAACAAUUGAGAGAACUCUUGCACUGCUCUGCAUAGCUAAAUGGAGUUAACCAGAUUGCCAUGCAAAGACAGUCUGGAUGCAGGGCUGAGACCUAGGUAAGUUGUCAAACCAUUAUAGAACAAUUUGGCAAAUUACUCUGGGAGGGUACCAGGCACUCCUAGCACCAUAAUCACUAAAGCAGGCCUGUACUGGUUCUAGUGCUUGGAGUAGUUCUUUAAAAGAAUGUUGUAGGUGCCACUGAUUUUACCUAAAAUUUAAAUAGAUUUUCUCACUCCUCUGGGUGGUAUAUUUAUUCCUCAUUCUCAGAUCCUCUACCAGAGGACUAGAAGUCGGAGGGUUCUGUGCAGUAUCUUCUGGAUAGCGAUCUCAGAAGUCCUACCUAGAAUCUGUUAAAACCAUUCCCCUCCCCACCAUGGGGGUCCCUUCUCAAUGAAUGAUACAGGAAACCCAAGAUAAACACUUUGAACAUCUUUAUGCCUCUUCUGUGAGUUUUAGCUGAUCUCUCUAGGCACAGGUAAGGGGACUACAUCUGGAGUACACUUAACGUAAGGAGCCCUAACAAUAUGUAAGCAAGCACAAACAGAAUUUAUUAGAACACUGUGUAUUCACACAUAGGAGAGGUGAAAUGUUUAAGGAAAGGGCACAAAGUGAUAUUGAAAGGGAAUGGAGUGAGCUGGGGGGUGAGGGGGUAGAGGUGUCAUGGAGGAGCACUGGUGUGCAACCUCCCUCCAUAUCAAGACUCCCCUAAUUGCUUAUUUCUCCAAUGAAUUACCCCUCAGCUAUGAGGUGCAGGGGGGAGUUUAUUUCUUGGAAAGAAUUGCCAUGGUGCACAUAACUUAAGCAUAUAUAGCAAAUUUCACACAUACAUUGAAUUAGAAAUUAUUAUUUUUAAAUGCUGUUUAAUUAUUUAUUCAGAAAUUUUACAUUACUGCUUGUUAUAUUAUAUGUAAUAGCUUAUGUCAAUUUUCGUAAUAGCGUUUUAAUUAGUAUGUGAGAACAUAUCUGUGAGUUCAAGGCCAAAUGGAUAAUAUUCUAGGACUACCUGCCUGUAGGUGUAAAAUGGGUGCUGUGUCCUUGUCCAACUGUCAGAACCUCUGAAACUUGAACAUUUUAAGUUACCUCUGUUGGUAAUAUUUUUUUUGAGUGCUACUUACAUGUAUUGUGUUCAAAUUGGAUAUAAAAUUAAAUAUAUAUUACAUCUCUUUCAAUAUUACCCAUGACAUGUUAAAAGUUAGAAAAUAUCUGCCAUUAUACAUCAGCAAUGCAAAGUACAGACAUAUGUAUUUGAGGUUACAUGUCAUUAUAUAUGUUUUGCUUAUUCGUUCCAAUUAUAGUUUAAUUGUUUUUUUUUUUAAAUAGGGUUACUACAUGUGUGUUCACAUGUGUUAUAUGAACACCAUGAACAGUGUCCAGUGGAAAGCUACAGAUCUCCAUUGGAUUUCUUUGUCUGUCUUUUGCAAUUAUAAACAAAGUUACUGUACUAAAAUAUAUAAAAGGGUGAAAGAGAGCGCACAAAAAAGAUAUACAAUAAUACUUAUAAGAGAAUGGUACAAAGUACCUCUAGAUAAUAGCUGCUAAACAAAAAAAGAACUUCCCAAAUUCAAUGAAUAAACUGUAAGAUAUUGUGUUGUCAGCGCUUAGUGAAUAAUCCCCUUAGAU